AAGAGUCAACCUCAUUAAAACCUCCAUAAAUUUAUUGCUUCAAAAUAUCCACACCAUUUUUUUUACACACAAAUACAAUCUCUUUCCAAUAUAUCCGCAACUCGAGAUCUCGAUCCUCAGCCGUUGAUGAAAAUCUCAAUCAGUUGACUCACAAACGGCUAAACUUCAUAGUAUUCGAAUCAAUCCCUGAAUAUACCCCACAAAACUCGUUGAAUUGCUGAUAAUAUUCACCGCUGAUCCAGCAUUAUAUUCCCCUUGCUCGCCUCGUACUUAUUCAUAUAUAUAUAUAUAUAUAUACAUAUCAGAGAGAGAGAGAGAGAGAGAGAGAGAAUGGGUCAUUGUAGAGAGACGAUGGCGAUGGUGGUUUUCGCUGCUACUGUUCUGCAUGCUGCGGUUCUGUGCAGUGGAGGGAUGACGAGUAGUUUCGUGAGGAGCCCUCACAAGAGUGUCGAUAUGCCUCUCGAUAGUGAUGUGUUCAAGGCGCCUCCCGGCUAUAAUGCGCCGCAGCAGGUGCACAUAACUCAAGGAGAUCACGUAGGAAAAGCAGUGAUUGUAUCGUGGGUAACCGUAGACGAGCCCGGUUCAAGCAUAGUCCUAUAUUGGGCGGAGAAGAGCAGUCACAAGUAUAAGGCAGAGGGCAAAUUGACCAAGUACAAAUUCUACAAUUACACAUCUGGCUACAUACAUCAUUGCACAAUCAAGAAAUUGGAGUACGACACCAAGUACUACUACGAGGUCGGAGUUGGGCACACAACCAGAACCUUCUGGUUCACAACCCCACCAAAAGUGGGCCCCGACGUGCCCUAUACAUUUGGCCUUAUAGGUGAUCUUGGGCAGACAUAUGAUUCCAACAUAACACUCACACAUUACGAGAAAAAUCCGACAAAGGGACAAACGGUGUUGUAUGUGGGCGAUCUCUCUUACGCAGACAACUACCCGUUUCACGACAACGUCAGAUGGGACACGUGGGGGAGAUUCGUCGAGAGAAGCGUCGCCUAUCAGCCUUGGAUUUGGACCGCCGGAAAUCACGAGAUCGAUUUUGUUCCAGAAAUUGGUGAAACGAAGCCGUUUAAGCCGUUCACUCACCGCUAUCGCGUCCCUUACAGAGCAUCGAACAGCACUGCGCCGUUAUGGUACUCCGUCAAGAGGGCUUCCGCGUAUAUCAUUGUUCUCUCUUCGUAUUCCGCCUACGGCAAAUACACUCCUCAGUACGAGUGGUUGAAUGAGGAGCUGCCGAAGGUGAAUAGAUCCGAAACGCCGUGGCUGAUUGUUCUGAUGCAUUCUCCAUGGUACAACAGCAACAGCUAUCACUACAUGGAAGGUGAAACCAUGAGGGUCAUGUACGAGCCAUGGUUUGUUCAACACAAAGUCGACGUUGUUUUCGCCGGCCACGUCCACGCUUACGAGCGCUCGGAGCGAGUGUCUAACAUUGCUUACAAUAUUAUCAACGGACUUUGCUCUCCGGUGAACGACCAGUCUGCUCCGGUGUAUAUAACCAUCGGAGAUGGAGGAAAUAUCGAGGGCCUCGCCAACAACUUGACGGAGCCACAGCCUAAGUACUCUGCUUAUCGAGAGGCGAGCUUCGGGCAUGCGACGUUCAGUAUCAAGAACAGAACACACGCUUACUACAGUUGGCAUAGAAAUCAAGAUGGAUAUGCUGUUGAAGCUGAUUCCAUGUGGUUUUUCAACAGAUUCUGGCACUCCAUUGAUGAUUCUACUACUGCUGCUUGAUACUCAUAGUUUAGGAUUUAACUCGGAAUUCUGUGACAUCUCUUUUUGCUUGGAGAAUUAUGAAUUGGGCACUGUAUUUGUACGAGAUUUUCAACGUUUAACAUGUGCAGUUUAUGCUCUGAUUGUUUUCUAUUUGAAAUAUAUGUCUACGUUUCUUUUCACAAA